UUGUAAUAAACAUGCAGGCCACACCGAACACGUACGCGUUAGUUGUCAGUGUAGAGGUUCAAUCCCUCAAUUGGUACUUCGGCAACGACCGGUCAAUGCUAAUGACCAAUUGCAUUUUCCGACUCGGCGGCGCAGCGGUGCUACUCUCGAACCGGCCCUCCGACCGCCACCGGUCCAAAUACCAGUUGGACCUCACCGUCCGCACAAACAAGGGCGCGGACGAGAACAGCUACUCCUGCGUGCUCCAGAGAGAAGACGACGCCGGACGAGUCGGCGUCGCUCUCUCCAAAGAUCUCAUGGCUGUCGCCGGGGAGGCAUUAAAGAUGAACAUCACCACACUCGGCCCAAUCGUCCUCCCCGUCUCCGAACAACUCAUGUUCUUCCUCGCCUUAACGGCGAGGAAGGUUUUCAAGAACAAGAAAAAGAUCAAGCCAUAUAUUCCGAACUUUAAGCUCGCUUUCGAGCAUUUCUGUAUCCACGCCGGCGGGAAGGCGGUUCUCGACGCCAUCGAGAAGAAUCUAGAACUCAGUGAGUGGCACAUGGAACCUUCUAGAAUGACAUUGUACAGGUUCGGGAACACUUCGAGUAGCUCUUUGUGGUAUGAGUUGGGUUAUGCUGAGGGCAAAGGGAGGAUCCGAAAGGGGGAUCGGGUGUGGCAAAUAGCAUUCGGGUCGGGUUUCAAAUGUAACAGUGCAGUUUGGCGGGCUUUGAAGAAUGUAGAUGCAGCCAAGGAGAAGAGCCCAUGGAUGAAUGAGAUUCACCAAUUUCCAGUUCCAUCCCUCUAUCUCUAAACUAUUCCUCUGUCUCUUUUUAUUUAACUAAACUUCACUUUUUAAGUUAGUGAUGUUAAUUGAAUUUGAUUGAUUAUAUAUUUACACACC